GAGAAAACCUUUGAGAGAUGAACAGAGACACAAUGUUGCCAGCUCUUCUGCUGCUGCUCCUGCCAGCCCUCAGCCCUGUUUUGGCCUGGAUUCCAGUGGAGGACUGGGAGUCUGGAAAUGUAACGGCAUCAGUGAGUGAGUCAGGUCAGUGUGUUUGCCAUGUUUUUCUGCCUGACACAACCUUCCCUGCUGACCGGGUUGAGCACAUGCAAGAAGUCACUAAAGAUCUGAUGUUGGAAGUGGAAAUCCAAAUGAACAAGAUAGUGGGCUUUGAGGCUAAGCUGGCGGUCUACCUGCAGGACCUAACUGAGCUGACAAUUAGAGUGAACAUACUGGAAAGCAGUCCUGACAAAUACAUCAAACUGGACUUUGAGCUGCUCAGGAUUGAGCUGAGAGAAUUUGAGGCUCUGGUAUCUCAGCUCAAAAACUCUCUCAACUCCUCCUCACCCAUAUUUGACAGCCUGUACACUGAGAUCCACAACAUGACCCUCAUUGUGAACCAACUGGAGAGUUAUGAUGAGAGCAACCUGGCGGUGUUCCGCAUUGAGCUGGCUAAGCUGCAGAAGAAGCUGGAGGACUGCCAGAAGGAGCAGGAGCUCAUCAAUCCAGAUAUUGGUAACUGCAAUCACACGGGAAUCUUGGCCCUCGGCAAGCCAAUGGUGCUUCAGCUGAAUGCUCAUCUGACCCCAGGUUCCAUUUAUGGGGGCUGGGGAAAAGACUCCAAACCUCUUCGAGGUUCUGAGUCCAUGUACUUCUUUGGUGCAUACAGCUCCCCUUCAAUCAGUGACUUUUACUUGUACUCUAACUAUGAUAAGCUGAUUCUGAGGUCUGCAUUCAAACACCAUCGCACACCAAACGGGUGGGCAGGGCUUGGGAGCAAUUUUAUUGUUCACGGUAACAGCCUAUACUAUCAGCGCAACUCACCUCUCAGUAUGGCCAAACUGAACCUGACCAGUUCCACAUAUGACUACAGAGUGAUCUCAGCCGCUAGUUCAAAGUUCUCUUACAGUUACUCAGCCAGUCAGUUCUUAGACUUUGCAGCUGAUGAAAAUGGAAUGUGGGUAAUGUAUGCUUCAGAGGCAAGCAAAGGGAAAAUUGUCAUUGCUAAGAUAGAAGAAAAAUCUUUUGGUGUUGAAGAUCAGUGGAAUACUGGUGUGUUUAAGGAGAUGGUGGGUAAUUCUUUCAUGGCCUGUGGAGUUAUGUAUGCCACCAGGUCAGUGGAUGUUGCCACAGAGGAGAUCUACUACGCAUUUGACACGAAGACCAAGGAGGAGAAACACCUCAGCAUUCAGUUCCAGAAGUUCCAGGACAAAUACACCAACCUGGACUACAACCCCACCGACCAGAAACUCUACAUGUACAACAAUGGCUAUUAUGUGUCCUAUAAUGUGAAAUUUGACAAAGAAUAAUUUUAUCUCUCGGUCAUCUGCCGUAUUGUGAUCGAUACGAGUCUUCUGUAAUCUCUUACGCCCUGUGUUUUCUGUGAUGCAUUGGCUUUUGGCCAUCUUUUCCUGAAUAAAAUCAAA